AUUUUUUUCUGUAAACAUUUGUGAACUUUUCUUGUAGAAUUUCUCUGUAAAUUAACACAAUAAAUAGGUUAAUUUAAUAAAAACAUUAAAAAGAAACAUGCAAUUGAUUUCUAAGAAAAUCUUUUGGUUUUUUACUACGUAGACAAAGUGCAUGCAUCUUCAUUGCGACCCGCACAACCAUCACAAGAACAGCAAUUCUGCUGUAAUAAAAGUAUAGACCAACGAAAAUAAAUAUUUCUACACAAAAAGGUCAAGAAAUUUGUAUUAUUAAACAAAACUUCAAAAAGACGUGAACUCAUUUAAUAUUCAAAUCAUGGACGAAUCGAAUAUGCAGGAUAAGGAACGCUUCGCGAGUCGUGAAAAUCAUUGCGAGAUCGAGAGACGUCGGCGUAAUAAAAUGACCGCUUAUAUCACGGAACUCUCUGACAUGGUGCCAACAUGCAGUGCAUUGGCCCGCAAACCUGAUAAAUUAACCAUACUUCGUAUGGCAGUUGCCCAUAUGAAAGCACUACGUGGUACUGGAAAUACAAGCAGUGAUGGCACUUAUAAACCUUCAUUCCUUACCGAUCAAGAACUAAAACACUUAAUUUUAGAGGCAGCCGAUGGAUUUCUAUUUGUUGUUUCAUGUGAUUCGGGCCGGGUUAUUUACGUUUCUGAUUCAGUAACUCCAGUAUUAAACUACACACAGACUGAUUGGUAUGGUACAAGUUUAUAUGAGCACAUACAUCCUGAUGAUCGUGAAAAAAUUCGUGAACAACUAUCAACACAAGAAUCGCAAAAUACUGGUCGUAUAUUGGACUUGAAAACAGGUACUGUUAAGAAGGAAGGACACCAAUCAUCAAUGCGUCUUAGCAUGGGAGCACGUCGUGGUUUUAUAUGUCGUAUGAGAGUUGGAAAUGUUAACCCUGAUAGUAUGGUAGCGGGCCAUUUGAAUCGUUUGAAACAAAGAAAUUCACUUGGCCCCUCCCGUGAUGGCACUAAUUAUGCAGUGGUACAUUGCACUGGUUAUAUAAAAAAUUGGCCACCAACUGAUAUGUUCCCUGGUGUCCACAUGGAACGUCCAGUCGAUGACGAUAUGCAUGCAUCACAUUGUUGUUUAGUGGCUAUUGGGCGAUUACAGGUAACCUCUACAGCCUCAAAUGAUAUGACAAAUUCAAACAAUCAAUCUGAAUUUAUAACUCGUCAUGCAAUGGAUGGGAAAUUUACAUUUGUUGACCAACGUGUGAUGAAUGUUCUUGGUUACAGCCCCACUGAUUUACUUGGAAAAAUAUGUUACGAUUUCUGUCACGCCGAAGACCAAAUGAACGUCAAGGAUAGUUUCGACCAAGUAUUAAAGCAGAAAGGAAACUUUUCUUUGAUGUAUCGUUCAAGAGCUAAAAGUGGAGAGUACGUUUGGAUACGCACACAUGCAAACGCAUUUUUAAAUCCAUACACCGAAGAAGUUGAAUACAUCGUAUGCACUAAUAGCUCAGCAAAGACUCUACAUUCAAACACUGGGCAUGAUACUAACAACCCGGAUCAAUCAGCUGGUGAACACAUCUACGUAGCACCUGUCGUCGAUUACACCUUACAGGCCCGUCGGGAUGUCACUCCAUCUGCAGCUGCUAGCGACGGUAUGUAUGCCUCUCAUGGCAUGAUCGGUGCACACAUACCCCCUCAAAGUGCAAUGGCAACUCAACAAGCUAAUAAUGUAACACGUCCUGGUUCAGCACAAAAUCCCGUUACUUAUAAUUAUGAUGCAACACACUCGCCACUAAGCGGUUAUCCACCAACAGCAGCUGGUCCCUCACCGAACACCGCACAUAUGGCGAAAAUUCCCAAAGCUAACAGUUCUCCAACACCGGCUACACCAACGUGGACAACAAUUCGUCAACAACAGAACGUAUCAGAAGGCUACCAAUACAAUCAAACAAGUCCUGCUCGUUCCCCUAGUGGUCCAACUUAUACACAACUAAGUGCAGGUAACACACGUCAAGCUGCUUAUCAUACAGGCAAUAAUGGACAAACUGCUCCGCCGCCACCAACAAAUGCUCCUGGCAUGUGGGGCGACUGGCAAAAUCCCACUCAACCACAACAUCCGCAUGUACCGCACGUCGCUCCUCACACUACACAUGGGCCACAUGUCGUUCAUGGAGCACAUGUGCAGGCAGGACAACCGCAAGGUCAAGAGUUUUCUGACAUGCUACAAAUGUUGGACCAGAGUGGCACCACCACUUUUGAGGACUUGAACAUUAAUAUGUUUAAUACGCAAUUUGAAUAGUUACAAGGAUUACAACAUGUAUGUGUACGUUAGUAGUUCAUAAGUAAUGCAAUAUGUCUUAAAGUAUACAUUUAUAAUUAUAUUUAUCAGAAAAGCACUAAUAUUUUAGUGAAAACUAAGAUUGCUCAUUUUGCAACUUAAUAAUGUUGUCAACAUAGCACAUUUGCAAAACCUUUAAAUUGUCACGUCUCUUGGUGAAAUUUAUAUGCAUUCUUUCUUAAGAAACUUUGUUGCGAGGUUAAAAUGGCAAUAACGACUCGAAUAACGCUUUAAAUGUAAAGAAAAAAAAUUAAGAUUGCUUUUAUAUUUUCAAACAGAAAGUGGAAAAUCUAUUGUUAAAUCCAUAAAAAAAAAUAUGUCAGCAGGAAUGUAAUUUAUUUUGUAAAUGAAUAACGCAACAGACGAUAAUGUAGUAGGGGUUUGUAUGUUAGUAUUAUUUUAUAUUUUCCAAAAAUAUUUCUGAAUAACAAAUAAUACUAAAAAAUUUAUGUAUACAUAUGUAUGUAUAUUGUUGCAGUCAAGCGCAAGCGCUCGUAUGUGCUGAAGUUGCAAUAUCUACUUGAACAGAACUUGGUACUUUUCAGAAAUAAAAUCUGUGUAUAUGCAUUUGUUAAUUUCAGAACUUCCAAGAUAAUAUAAAUUUAUAUACAUACAUAUGUAUGUAUGCAAUAUAUUAUGUUGGUUGCAUAAGCUUGUCGUACGCGGUUAAUAAAAAACAACGAACAAUUGAUGAUCCU